AUGCUGUCUCCGCGCUCGCCGUCCAUUCCAUCGCCCUUACUGCUGCGGUAUCUGCGAUCACAGACCGGUUAUCCAAUCAGCUCAGAAUGUGUUCGCCCGAAGCUGCGAGCCCAAUGCGAUAGUACACUCACCGGAUCAUCGCGAAGAUCCUCAAACUGGGCCCGUACUGACAGGCCACGAAAUGAAUAUGUAACAAAUACAGGAAUUCUGAACAAAUUUUGUCCAAGACCGAAGUCUGGAUCGCUGUCGCUCGCUUCGGAGCCGCUCAUUCUUGCCCGUCAUGCCUCGACCAACCGUCGCCCACUCCUCCGACGACUGCUUGAUUUCAGGAAAGGCAAGCCCAAAGAAAAUAAGCAUGGGCACAAUCAGACCUCUACGUCACUGGAUGAUGGAUUGGAGAGCCCCUUCAAUAUUGGUCGCGGAUUGUCGGCCAAGGUUUCGAACGAAUUGCGGAUACGAUGCACGGAAUUUGAUUCAAAUGGAAAUGUCAUUCUCGUAAAUGGGGAAUUUCGAAAGUCGGAGCUUAUUGCAAAAUACGGCCUUCUUCCCCGGGAUCUACGCAAGAUCGAUUCCUCCACUUUACCUCAUAUGCUAGUCCGACCAAGCGCCAUUUUGAUUAAUUUGUUACAUCUACGUGUCCUGAUAAAGGCGGACCGAGUCCUUGUCUUUGACGCGUACGGCUCGACAGACUCCUACAUGCAGUCAUUGUUCAUUUAUGAUCUAGAAGGCAAGCUGCGCCAACAAGUAACGGGUGCACAGUCUCUACCUUAUGAGUUUCGUGCCCUAGAAUCGGUUCUUAUCAGUGUCACAGCCGGUUUGGAAGAGGAGUUCAACGGAGUGAGAGACCCAGUUGUAAGGGUCCUUCGUGCGCUUGAAGAAGACAUUGAUCGAGAUAAGCUUCGACAUCUCCUGAUAUAUUCCAAGAAGCUCGGAACUUUUGAGCAAAAGGCUCGACUCGUACGAGAUGCCAUUGAUGAUCUGCUUGAGGCAGAUGACGAUCUUGCCGCCAUGUAUCUGACCGAGCGGGCAACAGGCAAGGAACGAGAUGAGGAUGACCACCAAGAAGUCGAAAUGCUGCUUGAGUCCUACCACAAAGUUUGUGAUGAAAUCGUUCAGGCUAGCGACAACCUGGUGACAAAUAUUCGUAACACAGAAGAAGUAGUCAAGGCGAUUCUCGAUGCAAACCGCAAUUCGCUCAUGCUGCUCGAUCUCAAGGUCAGCAUUGGAACUCUGGGUCUGGCGACGGGCACUCUGUUCUCUGCACUGUACGGAAUGAACUUGAAGAAUUUCAUCGAAGAAUCUGACUGGGGGUUCGGGGGCGUUUCAGUCAUCUGCUUUGCCCUCACCGCGGUUGUUUGUGUCUACGGACUUGCCAAGCUGCGCAAGCUCCAACGAGUCCGUAUGUGGGGUGAAUCUGGAGUCGGGGGCACUUCCUUGACCCCGUUGUCCACAAGGCAUGGCGCCAUCGGCGGCCAGCGUUCUAACUGGCGGGCCGAUUCCAUCGAGCCAGUAUGGGGUAGUCUUCCUGGUGAAGCGCGCUCUGAACGCAUUAAAAGACUCCGUGAGAAUGCUGCUGCCGCAGCGUCCAAUACUGCAGCUAGAAAUGCUGCAGCAAGUGCCGUAAAGACUUCUGUCUGCGCGACACAGACAUCGGCGCCUACAUUUGACGGUCCGUUGGAUGCCGAUGGCGCCCAGAGGACUGAAAAGACGCCUAGCUCUAACCAAGAGGCGCCAACCGAUCCCAAAAUCGGCAACAAUUCCACUUAA